CAUAGCUGUGGUUAGCUAAUAGCUACUACUACCUUCACAUAGCAAACAUGUCUAGUAAAAUAUAACUUUUCAUGGCAGUCAUUUAGCGCUGGCUGGCAGUAAUGGCAAUGAACAUAUCCGGUCCUGUCAUGAGUAACGUUACAGACACAGGUAGAAAGAAAAUCUCCCGGACAAUAUUGGACUAGCAGGUGACUGUUAGCCAGCUGUGUAGUGUCAUAAACAGUGGCUUCAAUGGAGAGGUGCAGCGAGGAAGAUGGAGCUCAUGAUGAAGUGAAUGGAGACCAGGCAGCCGGUUGGAUUGUGAGGACAGACAGGUUGGAGGAUGGAGAAGAGGUGGAAACGACAGCAUCCCAAGGUGGAUUACCUUUUAUGGACAUUACUGGACCUACGAUACCAAGUGGUGUGAUGUCUGAGGGCCAAGCAGGAAUCUUGGAGCCAGAGAGGGAUGAGAGCAUAGCUGCUCCCUCUGUGUCUCCCUCCAGCAUCAUGGACACCUGCAGUCCUUCCAUGUCAAGCAUCUCCUCCUCCUUGUAUUCAUCCAGCCAUCAUCAUACCAAUUUUUCUUCCCCAUCCUCAUCUUCCUCUUCCUCUGUCCUGUCUCUGACUCCACCCUUGCCUCCCUCUGUGGAGCUCUCAGCUGUGUUGACUGAUACAAGGCUGACCCUGGAUGUGUACCAGGGAGGAGCCUCUGCACUGCCACUGCUAUGGGCGUCCAUCCCUGGGCAGCUGAAGGGCCUCCAGUACCUGAGACUGGGCUCUGAAGAUAAACCAGGGCUAGACGAUGCACUGGAUGUCGUACCCCAUCUGACAGAGCUGCGCUCACUGGCUAUUCGGGGAUACUGUUUUUAUGACUCGCAAGGUGAUCCGCUGCCCGGCCUCCUCACCACUUUGCCCACAACUCUUUCCACCCUGUCUCAUCUGGUGCACUUGGAUCUCUCCUUUAACCAGCUCUCCUCUCUGCCCUCCUGCAUGUUCAGCAUCCCUGCGCUGACUUCCUUGCUUCUCUGUCACAAUUGCCUCUCAGCUUUGCCUCCUGAUUUAGGCCAGCUGUCCUCCCUUACCUACCUCUCCCUCCUGGGGAAUGAGCUUGUCUCUCUUCCCCCGAGUCUGGGUCAGCUGAAAGCACUACAGACACUGGAUGUUUCACAUAAUCUCCUCCAGCAUCUGCCUGAUGAAAUUGGUUCUCUGGAGGACCUUGUUAAGCUGGAAUUGUCCCACAACAAGCUGAAACGGCUACCAGAGACCAUGGGCUCUCUCCUUUCGCUCAGGGAGCUUGUCAUCUACAGCAAUGACCUCCGUCUGAUCCCCCAUUGUCUGAACAAACUGCCUCUGCUGAAAAUAGAUGUGCGUGACAAUCCUUUGGGGCAACCCCCGACCCCUCCUCCUCUCCCUCCUACACCUGAUCUAGCUGAACCAAAAAUUCCAGAGUUGCACCUUGGAUUUAAGCAACACAGUUUCUGUGUUUCGUCUGCUGGGUGUCAUGUGUUUCUCCCAGGGGGGGCUGAGCUGCUUUUCCCCCCGGGGUGCCUGGUGAAAACCACAAGGCUGGAGUGGUGUGAGAAAAGGCCAGAAAGGAAGUGGGUUUGGUUGGAGGAACAUGACAUCCUACUGAGUCGUCCUCUGGAACUUCGUCCCCAUGGAAUUACAUUUCUUAAGCCUGUGGAAGUAUGUGUGCCAUAUCAUCGAGCUAAAAGAAGGGAGGUGGUCGUGCGGAGGUUUGACGGACAUUCAUGGAGCACUCUGCCCACUGAUCUAAGGAGGGGAAGCGACAACCAUAGCAGUCACCCCGGAGGACGUCCAGCCAGGCUGGCGUGCUGCUCAGUGCGCCAGUUCUCCUGGUUUAUGGCAGUGUCCUGUCCAGUGAAGGACAGUUGCUCUGUUACACCAGCUGGAGCCCUGCUGGUGUCCAGCUCUGACCCCGGAAUCAAGCUCCACUUCCCACCAGACUCUACCGUACAGACCCGCACCAUAACUUUACAGGUGUUGCAGGUGUCGGUGUCAGAGGUACAAACACUAUGUGGGGAUCCUCAGGCCAGGGUCAGCCCUCUCCUUUGCCUCUCCCAGACUCCUAACGUACAUUUCCUGCAGCCUGUCAAAGUUCAGAUCCCACUGCCACCUGGAGUCACAGGCCAUACAGUUGAUACGACCUGUUUGCAUCUGCUCCAUGGAGACCCCACUGCCCAAACCUGGACUGAUAUCACAUCACAAGUGUCUCUCUACGUCACUCAUUUGUAUGCCAUUUUCUACAUAACACAUUUCUCCUGGUACUGGCUGUGGUACACCACUCAGCGCUGUGUUAGUGGGGUGGUCAGAAAGGUCUAUCAAAGACUAAAACAGUUUAAGGUCCAGUUCCUCGUCCUCCAGCGGAAGACUGAUCCCUCACAAGUUUUGUUACAGUGUUUACCUGCUAACAAGGUGGAAGGCAGAGUGCAGUCUCUGUCAGAGCAGUAUGAUGGACCUCAGCCUUCAGACCUGUGUGACCUGCUGGAAGGAGAGCAGUUCUUUGCCGGCUUUGAGAGGGGCUUAGAUAUCAGUGCAGACAGACCAGACUGUGUGCACGGAAGACUUUGUUUUGAGUUUUACUCCAGCCUGAAGAAUCUGAAGGAAGUGUACAUCUGUCCAGCUCUGGGUCAGAGUGGGCCAGUGAGAGGACAAGUAUCUUUUUAUAGAGGGGAGAUUCCCAGCAAUCUGCCAGAGGAAGUGGCACGAAAGAGGAAAGGACAUGACAGCCAGUGGCUUGCAACUUUACCACUAAGACUUCCUGCUCUAAACUCGGACAACAGUUACAUCAUGGAGGAGCUCCAGCAUCCUCCUCUGAACCUAGGUGACCCUGAGAGUGGCUAUCUGACAGAAGCCAACCUGCUGUCCAUCUCUCUUCAGAUAGGACAGGACUGGCGUGUCAUUGGCAUCAAUCUUGGCUUAAGCUACCAGGAGCUGGACCGCAUCCAGUACAAGCACAGAGACAACCUGGGAGCCUUGGUGCUGGACGUGCUGUUCCACUGGGCCCGGGGACAGAGGAAUGCAGGACCUGGAGCAGUGUCGAGGCUGGUAGCCGCUAUGGUAGAGAGCGGCAGGAGAGACCUUGCAGAUGAGAUUGAGGACAUAGUCAGUAUAGGAAGGAGAAAGUACUCUGAGUCACUGAGGAGAGUGGGCCUGGAAGCAGAGAGCUCCUCCCUCGAUGAAACACAGCAGUAGAUGAGCCCUUGCUGGGUGCAGAUGGCUGACUUACACUUGAGUAACAUGUUUGUUUACAAUCCCCCUCCAUCGCCUCAUCCUGCUGUCUAAACAACUGUCCUGGAGUACAAAAAAAUCUCUCUCUUUUGCAAUCACGAUAGUCAGGUAUAAGCUGGAAACACCUUUCACAUAACCCAGAGAUUAAAACAAGCAAACUGGAUCAACUUUUUUUUUCACUUUCCACUUUUUCAAAACUAUGUCAGUGUCAUGAAACAGCACUGUGACAGCUCAUUUGUGCCAGGAAAAGAAGAAAAAUUAUGAAAAGUUAUGCUUUAUAACAAUACUAAUAUGCUAAGUCAAAAUUAUGAGAUACCAAAUCACAAUUUUGACUUACCAACUUCAUAUAUCAUAAUUACCAGCUCGUGGCUGGUGUUAUCGCCUUCAGAGUCGGUGUGUGUGUCAUCAUGGCGAAAUGUGGUCCUGGAGACACCUACUGUAGCCAGAACUACCACAGAGGCAUUUUUAAGUAUUCUUGUAUUUUGAUAUGUCUGUGGACAAAUUUUUGUCACCACGAUAGCGUCACAACUGUGCAAGAUCCAGUCAUGAAACUUUUCAGGUGUGUAGUUGAGAUCAAAAUGAAGGCCGAGUUUGAAGAUGGGUCUGGUCUGUCCCAUGAGCGCUGAGUAAUCAUGUAUCCUAACAAUGUAGCAAUGUCUGCUGAAUACUCAUGGGUUGGAACGUCAGUAUGUUGACAGGGUUGCAACGGGUGUGAUACCAUCGCAAGAUGGUCUCUAGUUUUGACUUAGUUAGAUAGGUAGGGGCGGCACGGUGGUACGGUGGUGCAGUGGUUAGCGCUGU